GAUAAAAGAAGGGGCGGGCCGGCGAGCUGCAAGGGCCUGGGGAGGCGCGGCGCCCGGGCGGGAGCUGUCACCGCGGCGGUCUUGGGUUGCACUGGCAGCCUGGGGCGGCCCUAGGGGGCCGGGGCCGGGGCCAUUGCGGACGUGCCCUCCCUGCACGCUCCUGCCCGGCUCCUGCAAAGGGUUAAAGGAUCCUUGCCGCAAACGUGCCGGCCGCGACGUGCAGAGCGCGGCGAUGUUGCAAGCCCGUGCCGGGAGCCUGGGGACUGGGCCCUGGCGGGGGAGGGGGCAGGCGGGGCAGGGCUGGGGUGCGUGGGCCCACGCAGCCUGCAGGCAGGGGGACGCCGCUGCGACCCUCGGGGGGGGAAGAGCCUCCCAGGUGCGGGCCACUAGGCAGCAGCUCUGGGGGUCACGGCAAAGCAAGGUCCUUCCUCUCUGGGCUUCUGGUCCCUCGCGGCAGCGAGCGCGGGGGUGCUGGCUGUGUAAUGCCGCACAGCCCCGAGCCCGAGCAGAGCUGGCUGCUGCAGGCAGACUUCUGGGCCUGCGCUGAGCCAGCCCUGGGCACUGCUGCUGGAGAGCUUCCCUGUCCCUUGGCUUGCAAGUUGGUUGUUAAGUUGUAACACAGCUAGAAAUAGCAGAGAUUUGGCUAACGUUUUCCCAUGUUGCUGUCACUGACCCCAAGGCUUGGCGUGCUCCUGACUGUAGGGGAAGGGGUGUCCAUGAAACGCAGUUCACGCGAUAAUGUUUGGAACCGCCAGGAGCCCAGAGCGUGUGUGUGGUAGGGCGGGUUGGGGAAGGAAUCAUACAGACCCCAAAAGACAGUCUAUACAGGGUACUGUAUGUAGCCUAAGGCUUUGAAUGGCAGGAUCCUGUGUAGCACCACAUGCCUGUUACAAGGAGAACAGGACACAUGGGGCGAGAGAGGUGUCCAGCUGCCAAGCUGGAGAGGGAAGGAAGCCCAAGUACCAGAGAGUGGAUUUGUGAGGAGAGCCUGUCAGAUGGAGAGAAGGUUGUGCGCGGUGCUUUAAAAUGACAGAAGAUGAAGAUCGCGGUGCUUUAAAAUGACGGAAGAUGAAGAUCUAGGGAAAAUGGACUUGGAGAGAGAGAGAGUGGGUGGGUACAGAUUGGUGCACUGGGCAUAUAGAGGUGGAAUAUGGUAAGAGACGCAGCAAGGAAUAGAGAGAGACCCAAGAGAGGAUGUGGGAACAGUAAAGUACAUACUAAAGAGGAGGGAUGAGAAAUAAAGAGGAAAUUGAAAGUGAGAGAGACAAUUAAAAAAUGAAAGGGCAAUAAAUGGAAAAAACCAAGAAAUUCCCCAGACUGCUUGGAGUCUGGUCUUUUCUUUGUUUUUUUGUUUUUUUUUUCUUUGCUAUAUUCUUAUUUCUCCCACUUCUGUGCAUCUUUAGAUUUUUACAGGCCUUGGUGCCAUUUAAACUUUGAACUUGUUUCUAAACCUCAAGCCUUAAAUUGGCACUGAGCAGAAGUUUGAAAUAUCCACCACUGUCUUCCACCUCCAAAUUAAGAAGAUUCAGAGGGAAAUAAAAACAAGGGGAAGGCCAGGGUCAGUUUGCCAGGUGCAAGCCUGAAGGGAGAUAGCCUGCUCAACCAGUCUUCAUGAAUACUAAUGUCUCAAAGCCAGUUCACCAGCAAAAUCCCUAGGAUCAUCCAAACAGGGAAAGAGUGCUAUUACUAGCAAGAAGAGCCCAAUGGAAGUCCUGCGUCCAACACUUAUAAGGAUUGGAGAGCGCAUUUACAGGAAGAAUUUCAUUCAAGAGCAAUCCUGUCAGAAUGAAGAGGAGGAGGAUUUCUAUACAGGCCCUGGGGAUUGUGCAGAUGAGCCUUGUGAUGCCUUCACAGUGGAAGAGACUGAGAGAGGUUUUCAAUGCAAAUUGAAGGCCCCCAGUCCACUAUACAAGUAUAUAAUUGGGAAGAAAGGAGAAACCAAAAAGAGGCUGGAAAUGGAGACCCGAACAUCUAUCAGCAUUCCAAAGCCUGGAAUGGAAGGAGAAAUUGUGAUUACAGGACAGCAGCGUAGCGGUGUCAUAUCUGCCCAAACACGGAUUGAUGUUCUGCUUGAGAGUUUCCGCAAGAAGCAGCCUUUUACACACUUCCUGUCCUUUGCCCUUAAUCAGCUAGAGAUCCAGGAGAAGUUUCUGAAGUUUAAGGAGGAAGUGUUGGAGAAAUGCUCAAAGGAUCGUGGAGUUAGUAGCAGUUUGUUCCAGAACCCAGCAAAGCUCCAUCUGACUCUUGGGACACUGGUACUGCUGAAUGAGCAAGAGAUCCAGAAGGCUUGUGAAAUCCUGCAGAGAUGUAAAGAGGACUUUAUUGACAAAAUUAUUGGAGGCAAACCCCUCCCUGUGGAGAUGACAGGGAUAGAAUACAUGAAUGAUGACCCUGCCAUGAUGGAUGUUCUUUAUGCAAAAGUCUGCAUGAAAGAUGGAUCAGACAAACUGCAGGUUAUAGCUGAUAGACUGAUGGAACACUUUGUGAGCUCUGGGCUGAUGAUCAAAGAGUGGGAUAGAGUAAAACUCCAUGCUACUGUCAUGAACACUCUCUUUAGGAAAGACCCAAAUGGUGAAGAGCGUAACUAUAUAAAUAUAGGAAAAUCACCUUUCAAGGAAAGGGAGUCAUUUGAUGGCCGAAAUAUAAUGAAGCUCUUUGAGAAUUUCUACUUUGGGGAACUGCAGUUGAAUUCAGUCCAUCUUUCUGAGAGGUUCUCCACAGACACCUCUGGCUACUAUGCAACAUCUGGACAGCUUACCUUUUCCUGAAGCGCAGACUCAGCUGACCGAACCAACCUGCUCUGCACCCAAAACUGCAUGACAAGCAGCAUGUUGAUUAAAACAAUUAACAUUUGAUAGCCUCAAAUUUGGACAGAGACCAUUUCUUUUACGGACUCAACAAAGAUUGAGAGCCUGUGUUAUCCUUUCUACCACAGUAACUGAUGUUGCACUUCCUUGGCAGAAGUCUCCUGCAGUCCCUCUGCCAGACAUCCCAUCCCAUAUCAACUCAGUAACCUGUGAUUCCCUUCCCCCUCUAUCACACCCUUUUUCAGUCUAUUAACAUUUUGGUUUCUAAGUAGGGGAAAUAUGAAAACAAGUAUCCUCAGUAUGAAGCAGCAUCCAUAGCUAAAAAAGUUUCAGCUUAUUUCCUUUUUCCCCUCAGAUACUUAAUGUCUUCUUACACAUAUGAAAACAUUUAUUUUUCUAUAAAUGUUGUCGUAUUUUUCCAUCCAUCAAAUAUUUAU